AUGGAAGACCCGUUCAACUCUCUUCCUCCGUCCCAGCCUCCUCCUCCUCCCCCCAUCAGGAACAGUUUCAUAGAACCCUCCUCCUCCUCACUGUACCCCAGACCUGCCCGCCCCUCGUCUGGACACGAUCACUUCCUGCUCAGCCCUGACACUUUCAUAGACCAGUUAAAUAACUCCGCUCCCAAUCCCCCUGUGAGGAGACAAACCGGGGACAACAUGAAGACGCCAUUCAAGGCUCCGCAAGACUAUGAUCAACUGCCGCCAACCUCAG